UUUUCAGGUUGAUUCCUAAACUAGUCUCGGAACAGACUAUGGAAAAGUUGUCGUCUGACAUUUUGGAAGAUGAAUUCAUCAAAAUAUUUGAACCAAUCCACGGGGUACAGUAUUUAGCGGGUUUCCAUCGGGUCAAAAUAGAACAUAAAUACGUUACAGCUCCAUCUAUAUACUAUCAGAUCUACAGCUCUGUUGUAUGGGCACUUAAUAUUAUAGCUGUCGUUUACUUUGAGUUGUACUGCGAGAUUAAACUUGAAGGUAUUUCAAAAGUAUAUACUUUGCAAAUUUGCGAGUUUAUCUUCGUAAUGAGCAAUGCCGUUAUUGCCUUUCGAAAUAACUUCUGCGACGGUACUUUGAAUAGCCAGAUCUAUGUAAAAUUGCAGAAAAUUGACCGUGUAGUCAAAAUGCCCGCAGCUGUAAACUGUAAUAGGAAAAUGUAUUUACUUUCUGCUUUAUUAGCUGUUGUUAUCCCCGUCUGUUGGUGUAUAUGCGUAUAUGCACUUAAUAUAACAAGCAUGCGGAGCGUAUGUCCUGCUCUUUUCUUUGUCCAGUUUUCGACUAUGCCAUCUUAUAUGGAAAAUAUAUUAGCGGCAACAAUCCUAUUGUUCUUGGCGAAGAGAUUAAACUAUGUCAAUGUUACAUUGGAAAAAGAAGCUAAGAGACUGAGGCAUGCGAAUAUAUCGUUGGCGGCUUCACAAUAUUAUCGAGAAAGGGAACAGGAUCAGGACCAGCUCGUACUUGCUAUACAUUACAUUUUGGACUCUUGGGCAGAUUGCAUUCGAUUAUUCCAGUUUCAGGGAGUGAAGCAGGGUGACCCGCUCUCUCCUAAAUUGUUCACCAGCUGCCUGGAGGAAGUUUUCAAAAAACUGGCGGUCUCUUGGGAGACAAAGGGUAUCGAGGUCGGCGAUAAGAGGUUGACAAACCUUCGAUUCGCGGACGACAACGUACUCUUCUCAACAUCGGCGACCGAACUGCAAUGUAUGCUACAGGAACUUAGCAACGCAAGCCUUGAGGUUGGUCUAACGAUGAAUAGAUCCAAAACCCAGUUAAUGACCAACAGCAAGAAGCACAGACAGAAGGGUAAACUCCCAAUUGCACUGAAGCGCAAGCUCGUCGACAUGUGCAUCUUGCCCAUCCUCACCUAUGGUGCCCAAACCUGGUCACUAACUGAGGCUCAGAAAUCCCGGCUCAAGGUUUGCCAAAGGGCAAUGGAGCGAAGUAUCCUGGGUGUCCGAAGAUCUGACAGGGUGAGGAACACAGAGCUUCGCUCAAAAACCCGAGUCGUUGAUGUUGGGGUGAAGACCGCCAGGCUAAAGUGGGACUGGGCUGGACAUGUCUGCCGGAUGCAUGUGACAGAUGGGCCAAAAUAG